AUGGAUACAACGCUGCUAGCAGAUGAUGCGGUUCGGUGCGGAAACACCGCCGUGGGCGCUCGUCGGGCCGGGAGAAUCUUAGAAGCGGUCACAGGGCUAUGUCACUUUGCGGUUAUGUGGUGUGAGGCCCACGACGUGUUGGACCGGAAAGAAACCCUUGCGGAAAAGCAGAUGCUUCUGGUACGCUCACGAUUACGAUCGGACGGCUCAAAGUCUCGCAUCGACGUGGAGGCUCGGAAAAGCGGAACCUUCGGAUGCGUUCACGAUUGUGAUCGGAUGGCUCAAAACCUCGAAUCGACGUGGAGGAUGCUUUGUGGGAUAGUGAAGUUCUUUUCACUGGACGCUGGGUGUGAAUUCAGUUACCCUCAGUCUGCAGACCAGAUGCGCCAGCAACAGCUUAGAGCUCGAUUAUCUCCAGAUGAGCAGCUUGCUGCUGAAGAAAGUUUCGCGUUGUACUGCAAGCCAGUUGAGCUAUACAAUAUCAUUCAGCGGCGGGCCAUUAGAAAUCCCGCUUUUCUGCAAAGAUGCCUUCAUUACAAGAUACAUGCAAGCCGAAAAAAGAGGAUUCAGAUAACGGUAUCACUAUCUCGAGGUACAAAUACCGAGUUGCCAGAACAGAAUAUCUUUCCUCUUUAUGUUCUGUUGGCUACACCUACCAGUAAUAUUUCGCUUGAAGGGCAUUCUCCAAUAUAUCGAUUCAGUAGGGCUUGUUUGCUUACGGCUUUUAGUGAAUUUGGUAAUAAAGGUCGCACCAAAGCUACGUUCAUAAUUCCAGACAUCAAGAAUUUAUCAACCUCCCGAGCUUGCAACCUUAACAUUAUCCUUAUCAGCUGCGUUUCGGAAGGGCAAGUUGGGGAAAAUCGUGGUGAACAUAACUGCUCUGUGGACCAUGUGGAAGGCUCUGCUCUCCAAAAGCUUGAAGGGAAAUGUUUCUGGGGUAAAAUACCAAUUGAUCUACUUGGUUCGUCUUUGGAGAACUGUGUAACUUUAAAUUUGGGACAUACAGUGGAGUUGGCUUCUGCAGUUAGUAUGAGCCCAAGUUUCUUAGAGCCGAAAUUUAUGGAGCAGGACAGUUGCUUGACAUUUUGCUCUCAUAAGGUUGAUGCUACGGGUUCAUAUCAACUCCAAGUAGGCAUAUCUGCUCAAGAAGCUGGUGCAAAAGACAUGUCUGAAUCUCCAUAUAGUAGUUACUCAUACAGUGGUGUCCCACCUUCUUCAUUACCACAUAUCAUAAGGUUGAGAGCUGGUAAUGUGCUUUUCAACUUCAAGUACUACAACAAUACUAUGCAAAAGACUGAAGUCACUGAAGAUUUUGCUUGCCCCUUCUGCUUGGUAAAAUGUGGAAGCUACAAGAUAUCUGAAGAAUGCCAGGCUGUUAAUGUUAGUCUGAAGACUGAUGUCUGGAGAACUGAGCUUGUGGCUGAGGGAGUUGAUCCAAGACAUCAAACAUUUUCCUACUCCUCAAGGUUUAAGAAGCGUAGAAGGUUGGGAAUGUUGGGAACCACAGCUGAGAAAAUAAGCCAUGUACAUCCACAUAUCAUGGAUUCAGAUUCACCUGAAGACGCCCAGGCAGUGUCUGAAGACGACUUUGUGCAGAGGGAGGAAGAUGAUAUUUCUGCACCACGUGCUUCUGUUGAUCCUGCUCAAUCAUUACAUGGUAGCAAUCUUUCACCACCCACAGUACUACAGUUUGGGAAGACAAGGAAACUAUCUGCGGAGCGAGCUGAUCCCAGAAACCGGCAACUCCUGCAGAAACGCCAGUUUUUCCAUUCUCACAGGGCACAGCCAAUGGCACUGGAACAAGUUUUCUCGGACCGUGAUAGUGAAGAUGAAGUUGAUGAUGACAUCGCCGAUUUUGAAGAUAAACGGAUGCUUGAGGAUUUUGUUGACGUCACAGACGAUGAGAAACUUAUUAUGCAUAUGUGGAACUCAUUUGUUCGGAAACAAAGGGUGCUAGCUGAUGGUCAUAUUCCUUGGGCCUGCGAGGCAUUCUCCCGGCUUCAUGGGAAACAUCUUGUACAGAAUCCUCCUCUACUAUGGAGCUGGCGUUUCCUUAUGAUUAAACUCUGGAACCACAGUCUAUUAGAUGCCCGCGCCAUGAAUGUCUGCGGCACAAUUCUUCAAGGCUACCAAAAUGAAAGCGGCUCGGACCCCAAGAAAAUGUGA